UUUUCUCAUUCCUUGGCUGUCAUUUUGAGAGAGAGAGAGAGAGAGAGAAAAGAGUUUCUUCUUCCCAUCUAAAAGCCAACCCAUCAAAAUUACGCCCGUAGUUUUUAAAAUAAAACCCCAUUAGAGAAGAAGAGCAUUACAGUAUAUAUACAGAAAGAGAAGGUUUUGACUAGAUCCGCAGUGAAGCCUGAGGAUUGAUAGCAUUCAAUCUGAGCUAGAGAGACCACUAGUUGGGUCCUGCCAGGAAGUUGCUAAUUUUGAUCAAUUAAAGCCAAUAAUAAUAAUAAAUAAUAAUAAUAAUAACACAAAGGCAUCAAUCUUAAAAGACCAAUCUUUAGGGGUUAUUCAACCCAAGUAUCAGGGGUUGUGACUUGUGAGGUGUAUAUAACUUGCUUAAGUUAUAAGGAGUUGUUGUGGACUUUGAAAAUUGAUAUCUUGGAAGGUGGUUAUUGCGGGGUUUGGAAAGUGCAAAUUCCAAGCUGGAAUGGUGUACUGCUUCAGGGGUUCUCUGAUCUGGUCAACUAACAGUUGGAGUGUGGUGAAAGUGUUCCAUUUUACAUUUCGCAAAGACAGAGUGCCAUGUCUCGCUGCUUCCCAUUUCCUCCACCUGGAUAUGACAAGAAGAUUACAACUCACGAAACUGACCCUCUUAUAAAGGAGAAUUAUAAGGAAAAGAAACACAAGAACGAUAAGGACAAUGAGAAGAAAGAGAAAAAGAGUAGAGACAGAAGCAAAGACAAACAUAAGGAAAGAAAGGAUAAACAUAAAGAUCGUAAAGACAGGGAGAAGGACAAAGAAAAAUGCAAACCUUUGGGGGAGCAGAAAGCCCAAGUGCUGACAAACACAGGGAACAGAGAGAAACUUGUAACCAAUAAUACAGUUCAGAAGUAUAGUAAUGGAGAGUCAAAGUAUGUACAGGAACUGGCCAGAAGGAUCAGAUAUGACGAAGAAGAAGCGACAGGAAGUCAGAGGAGUGCACAAACGAUUACUAACCGAAAAGGAAUACCAGGAAAAGCAUUUCUAGAUAGCAGCUUCUCCCCAAUUCAGGAAACAAACGAUAAGAGAAUCAGUACUCAGAAGUACUUUGCAGUGGAAAAAAGUUCUGAAGAAAAUGCAGUUGCUCGAGAAUCAUUUGGUGCAGAUCAGAAAAGACCUGAGGCUAUGGGUAAAUCAAUGGAUAACGGAGACCAGGCAAGGCCUACGGAAUCACCUGAAAGAGGUCAACGCAAGGAAAGUGCAGCCAUGAGUGAUAAACCAAGGGGUAAAGAAGUGGUAAAGAAACACGAAGCAAAGGAUAAAGACAGAAACAAAGAGAAGAAAGCAGAGUCAAUAAAUAAAAGUCAUCAGAAUAAGCCAAAACUGAUAGAAGGGCCCAAAUCAGAGAAGAGGCAAAAGGACUCUCUGGAUAUAAGGAAUGGCAGACCGCCUGACAACUCACGGGCGAGUGUCAAGAACUUUAUUGCUGAGGGAAGUCUUGGCAAGCGGAUAGAUCUUGACACAAAUGGAGUCUUGUAUGAGAAUGGAACCAAACCAAACAAGUUACAAAGACACUCGACGUCUGUGGAAAAUGGAAGAACUUUAGGUACACACCGAAGUCCUCCAAUCCCUGCUUCCGAGGUGCAAGGAACGGCUUGCAAGCCAGAAGCCAAGGAAGUUAUAAUUAACGGCUCGCUGAGUCCUGCUUUGGCUGCAACAAUGAGAGUCAAUGUCAAAGAAAAUGGUGAAGCAUCCGCAAAGCCGCCUCCUCAUCCGGACGUAAAGUAUUUGGAUCAGAUACUCAGUGUACCGAAAAGAGAGCUGUUUGUGGAGGUUGAUAAUGACGAAGAAUGGCUAUAUGGCCCGUUGAGUGUCAAAAAGUUAAAAAAGGCAAGAACAUAUUCUCCUGAUUCUGGUGAAUCCUUGCAGGUCUGGAACCAAGCUGUCAAAAUAGAAUCUGCCGACAUUUUAGCUCUUCCGUAUGUUGUUCCAUUUUAGCUGCUGUGACUGUAUUUUUCUGAUGUUCUCACGCCACAACCCAUGAGAAGAAAUUUCCCACUUUGCAGCAGUUUCUGCUCUGUUAGCAGCAUCAAUGAUGGGGGCACAUAAAGGAGACCGACACAGCACUCCAUGGCUCCCCAAAGUAUAUAAGUUGGGAUGAAAAAAACGUUCCUUACACGGCUAUAAUACGCACACCCAUAAAGCUCUGCCUGAGUGGGGAAGUGAAUGAGGGAAGAUGUAAGUAGAGUAGAUCCUUAGAGAAGUUGAAAAAUAUGUUGUUGAACAUUUGUUUAAGAUGUGUCGUAAGGACAAGGAUAUGUGUGGCAUAUGGUUCUGCACUGUAUCACAGAGGGUUCCGUGUGUGUGUGUUACUGCGGAUAUGUGAAUGGUGUCAUGCUAAUGUAAACCCUUUAACUUCUUAUUAGCUGCAUACCCAAUGUGGUGUGCAGACCUCGAUACUGUCUAACUUGUUGGGGAUAAAUAAAUGAGAGAGUUCUUUUUCUC